AUGGAGAGCCUGGCGCGGGGGCUGGUGCGGCUGGCCAAGGGCAGCGCCCGGCCCGAGCGCGCCGGGUUCCUGCAGAGCAUCACCGGGCACUUCUGUGCGUCCCACGAGGACGAGGCGAUGGUCAGCUGCGGCUUGGACCAAAAUCAAUUUGUCAUUUCCGACAGCGAGUUCCCUGGCUCCACCCGGAUCCUUCUAAAGAGACCGUCCUUUUGUCCCAUCAAGCACCUGGAGGAGAGGCAGGCUGCCGCGCUGCCAGAGGCGCUCCGAGGCCGCGGGGUGGACGUGGGGGUGGCCGUCGUCCUGCAGUCCGUCGACAGGAGAGUCUUGCUCACGCGAAGGGCCAAGAAUCUCAGCAUCUUCCCCAACAUCUGGGUGCCCCCCGGUGGGCACAUGGAGCCGGACGAACAGUUGCUGGAGGCGGGCCUGCGGGAGCUGCAGGAGGAGACAGGCUUGCGGCUGGAGCCGGGCGGGUUCUCCUGGAGGAUGCUGGGCCUGUGGGAGUCCGUGUACCCGCCCAUGCUGAGCAGAGGGCCGCCGAGGCGGCACCAUGUUGUCGCGUACCUGUUGCUUCUUUCCACCGAGAGCCACCAGCAGCUACAGACGAGGAUCAAGGCGGACGAGAGCGAGGUGAGCGCCUACGCCUGGCUGGAACCCCAUGUUCUGGAGUGUAUCGCGGCGGUCGAGGACGGAGCAGAGAACACGGGACACGUGCCCAACAACCUCCCCCCAACCAUCAAAGCCAUGGAGCUGAGCGGGGGCUUGGCCUGGCCCACAGAACUUCCUACCGCCACCUUCCUGAACACAGCACCUGCAGCGGGGGAAGAUGUGGAACGGGUCAGCACCGGGACCAGGUUUGCCCUUCAGCUCUGGCUAGACACCUUAGCCGUGCGAGACAAGUGAGCAACGAAAUCCCAGGCCCCGGCCUCCCCACAGGGCAGACAGCUGGGGAGUGGAGCGGCCGGCGAAGGAGGUCGGCUCCGUCACCACCUCCUGCCCUCGGACCUGGUUUUACCAAGCACGGCUGCCGAGGCCUGCCAAGAACGAAGUUCCUGCUAGGGCUUGGAGCGGUGAGAAGGAAGGGAAGACGGGGAGUGGGGUCGCUCUCUGGCCCUCCCUCCUAUGAAGGAAGCAAUGGACAGGAAGGAAAGGCAAGUCCUGAAUGGACUAGGUGGGAGUGCCAGCAUUAAGCCCAAACCCCGGCUGCCUAGGACAGGGGGGAGUCGUUCACUGUCUUGGAAACCAGAGCGUGGAGAGACAUGUCAAGUAACAUUAGAAUAACCGCCCCUGCCCAAGCCAUCCAAGUGUCUUGCUUAGCCAAAGGGUGCACUGAAGAGACAGCGUGUGUCAGUGGUUUGAGCUCAGGACUGCAAGCUAGGAACUUGUGUUCCAAUUCCACCUUCCACUGACUACUUCAUGGCUCUGCCUCAGUUUCCUCUUGUGGAAAAUGGGGCUAACGCACCCUUCUCCCCAGGUCCCAGCUGCUCAAAUCCAGCUUGAACAGAGGCUUCUGCUCCACCAGUAACUGACACCGGCACAGUGGGGGGCUGUUUUGAACUUUAUUAUCUAAAAGGUAGUUUGCAUAUAAUACAAAGUGUUGCAAAUAAUAAACAGCUGGAUAUCAAACGGACAGAAUAAAUAAACCAGAGAAAGUGGCUAGCUGCUUUUUAAAGG